AUGCAUAAUGAUGAGAAAUGUGCAGGAUCCAGUGGUUUAAAUGGUUCAGCUGAAGGUCUAUACACAUUAAAAGACCUGAAGAGCAGAGCACAAAAAAGUCCAAACCUUCAUGGUUAUUUGAUCGCUUCCAAGCAUUCACUCUCAGGGUAA